UGCUGACAGCCGCGGGGCGAGGCAGGCGUCGCGCCCGGCAGGUGGGGGUUGUGGUAGUGGGGGGCGCCGGCGCGAUGGCGGUGGAGACCCUGUCCCCGGACUGGGAGUUCGACCGCGUGGACGACGGCUCGCAGAAAAUUCAUGCUGAAGUCCAACUGAAGAAUUAUGGAAAAUUUCUUGAGGAUUAUACAUCGCAGUUGAGAAGAAUUGAGGACGCCCUGGAUGAUUCAAUUGGAGAUGUUUGGGAUUUCAAUCUUGACCCUAUAGCAUUAAAGCUUUUGCCUUAUGAACAGUCUUCCCUUUUGGAACUGAUAAAGACUGAAAACAAGGUCUUAAACAAAGUCAUUACUGUUUACGCUGCACUUUGUUGUGAAAUCAAGAAAUUAAAAUAUGAGGCUGAAACUAAGUUUUAUAAUGGUCUCUUGUUUUAUGGAGAAGGAGCUACCGAAUCAAGCAUGAUGGAAGGUGAUUGCCAAAUUCAGAUGGGGAGAUUUAUUUCAUUCUUACAGGAGCUGUCCUGCUUUGUCACGAGGUGCUAUGAGGUGGUGAUGAAUGUCGUCCAUCAGCUGGCUGCCCUCUAUAUCAGUAACAAGGUUGCACCCAAAAUCAUAGAGACAACUGGAGUUCAUUUUCAGACUAUGUAUGAGCACCUGGGAGAACUGCUCACAGUUUUGCUCACCCUGGACGAGAUCAUCAAUAAUCACAUCACUCUGAAAGACCACUGGACCAUGUACAAAAGGUUAAUGAAAUCUGUCCAUCACAACCCUUCAAAAUUUGGAAUUCAGGAAGAAAAACUGAAGCCAUUUGAAAAGUUUCUGCUGAGGCUGGAAGGACAGUUGCUUGAUGGAACGAUAUUCCAGGCCUGUAUAGAACAGCAGUUUGAUUCUCUCAACGGAGGAGUAUCUGUGUCCAAAAAUAGCACUUUUGCUGAAGAAUUUGCACAUAGUCUUCGCUCAAUUUUUGCAAAUGUAGAAGCCAAACUUGGAGAACCUUCGGAAAUUGACCAGAGGGACAAGUAUGUUGGAAUCUGUGGACUCUUUGUACUGCACUUUCAGAUUUUUCGAACUGUUGAUAAAAAGUUUUAUAAGUCUUUAUUGGACAUUUGUAAGAAGCCGCAGGUGGUGUUCAUGGGCCACCUCAAGGUGCACGCUGCCUGCCGCAGGCCUGUUAAAUUUCCUGUGCUGAGUGACCCCACUGUUUUCCCUGCUAGAGAUGUGCAGUCCUACUACGUCUUUGUGAGCUCAUGGAUGAUGAAAAUGGAGUCAAUUUUAUCUAAGGAGCAGAGAAUGGAUAAGUUUGCUGAAGACCUCACCAACAGAUGUAAUGUUUUCAUACAGGGCUUCUUAUAUGCAUAUAGUAUUAGUACCAUUAUCAAGACCACAAUGAAUCUCUACAUGUCCAUGCAGAAGCCAAUGACCAAGACCUCGGUGAAGGCGUUAUGCAGGCUCAUUGAACUUCUCAAGGCAAUAGAGCAUAUGUUCUACAGGAGAAGCAUGGUUGUGGCGGAUUCAGUUUCCCAUAUAACACAGCACCUUCAACAUCAGGCUCUUAAUUCAAUUUCUGUAGCCAAGAAAAGAGUAAUUUCUGACAAAAAGUAUAGUGAACAGCGUCUUGAUGUGCUCUCUGCUCUAGUUCUGGCCGAGAACACUCUAAACGGACCAAGCACAAAGCAGCGUCGUCUCAUCGUCUCUCUGUCGCUCAGCGUGGGCACCCAGAUGAAAACAUUUAAAGAUGAAGAACUCUUUCCACUUCAAGUAGUCAUGAAGAAACUAGACAUCAUCAGUGAGCUCAGAGAGCGCGUCCAGAUGCAGUGUGACUGCUGCUUCUUGUACUGGCAUCGAGCUGUCUUCCCAAUCUACUUGGAUGAUGUGUACGAAAAUGCUGUUGAUGCGGCCAGAUUACAUUACAUGUUCAGCGCGCUGCGAGACUGUGUGCCUGCCAUGAUGCAUUCGAGGCAUUUGGAGUCCUACAAGGUCCUUCUGAAUUGCUAUGACAAGGAGAUUAUGGAAAUUUUAAAUGAGCAUCUGCUGGACCAGCUGUGCAAAGAGAUAGAGAAGGACCUGCGGCUCUCCGUGCACACUCACUUGAAGCUCGACGACCGCAGCCCCUUCAAAGUGGGCAUGAAGGACCUGGCCCUGUUUUUCUCUCUGCAUCCUAUUCGGUUUUUCAACCGUUUCAUCGACAUUCGAGCGUAUGUUACUCACUACUUGGACAAGACUUUCUACAAUCUCACCACAGUAGCUCUUCAUGACUGGGCCACUUACAGCGAGAUGAGAAACUUGGCUAUGCAGCGCUAUGGCUUGGUCAUGACGGAGGCGCAUCUCCCCAGUCAGACCCUGGAGCAGGGCCUUGAUGUUUUGGAAAUUAUGAGAAAUAUUCAUAUAUUUGUGUCUCGAUACCUCUAUAAUCUCAACAAUCAGAUUUUCAUCGAAAGAACAAGCAAUAAUAAACAUUUGAAUACUAUUAAUAUUCGGCAUAUUGCUAACUCAAUUCGAACACAUGGCACAGGAAUCAUGAAUACCACAGUUAAUUUCACCUACCAGUUUUUGAAAAAGAAGUUUUAUAUCUUUAGCCAGUUUAUGUAUGAUGAGCAUAUCAAAUCCAGAUUGAUUAAAGACAUUCGAUUUUUCAGGGAAAUUAAGGACCAAAAUGAUCAUAAGUACCCUUUUGAUAGAGCAGAAAAAUUCAACCGAGGCAUCCGAAAACUUGGAAUAACACCAGAGGGCCAGAGCUACCUUGAUCAGUUCAGGCAACUCAUCAGCCAGAUUGGUAAUGCUAUGGGCUAUGUACGAAUGAUAAGAUCUGGUGGUCUUCAUUGUAGCAGCAAUGCCAUUAGAUUUGUGCCUGAUCUUGAAGAUAUUGUAAAUUUUGAAGAACUGGUAAAAGAAGAAGGUCUUGCAGAAGAAACGUUAAAAGCAGCAAGGCAUUUGGACUCCGUUCUCAGUGAUCACACACGAAAUUCUGCCGAAGGCACAGAAUAUUUCAAAAUGCUUGUGGAUGUUUUUGCUCCAGAAUUUCGAAGGCCAAAGAAUAUACACCUCCGAAAUUUUUAUAUCAUUGUGCCUCCUCUAACCCUGAACUUUGUAGAACAUUCCAUUAGUUGCAAGGAGAAAUUGAAUAAAAAAAAUAAAAUCGGAGCUGCCUUCACUGAUGAUGGUUUUGCCAUGGGUGUGGCCUAUAUCCUGAAGCUUUUGGAUCAGUACCAGGAGUUUGAUUCCCUUCACUGGUUCCAGUCUGUUAGAGAGAAGUACUUGAAGGAGAUGAGGGCAGUGGCUAAGCAGCAGAACGUGCAGUCGGCUGGCCAAGAUGAGAAACUGCUGCAGACCAUGACUCUUACUCAGAAGCGACUGGACAUCUAUUUACAGGAAUUUGAAUUGCUGUAUUUCUCACUGAGCAGUGCGAGAAUUUUCUUCAGAGCAGAUAAGACUGCGGCUGAAGAGAGUCAGGAAAAGAAAGAGAGGGAAGAAGAAACAAAAACAAGCAAUGGAGACCUAUUGGACAAUGCUGUCUCUGCCGAUCCUGUCGUAAAAUGAUUCUGGGGUACAAGGUCAUCAGAAUACGUUCAUACUUUUGCCAGUGAGGUGGAGGUCCUAAGCUGGGAUGAAUUGUUUCCUGGGUCAUAUUCUGGAAAUAUCUAGGUGUUGGAACUCAGGAAGGCAGUGCUCCAAAGUUCAUUACACUUUCAGAGGCUCUGCUUUUCAGAGGUUGAGAAUAUGAUUGUAAAAUUGGAUUUUUUCCUGGACUUUGGGCUGGGACAUGCUCCUUGGAACAGUUGUUUGAUGUGACAUUACAGAAAGGCACAUCUGGAUUCCUGAGCAGUCGCCUCACAUCUCUUGUAGUCUACAUGAGUGUUUGUAAUUUGUGUCGCAUAGGUCUCUGGUCCCUGUUUAUCUCAAGUCAUCAGAAAUUCAUGUAUACUCUGUACAGCCAGUUUCAAUGUUCUUUUUGUGAAGGAAUUGAGCCUGAAAUUCAGGGAGCGACACUGACAUUCUCAUAGCAAGAGUAUGCGAAGAUGGCUUCGGUACGAGAGGGGAGCACAGUGUCCGGGCCAUGGGCCUGUGAGUUGUCAUUUCACGCUGCGAGGCCGCUCCUCGAGGAGACACUUUCUAACUAGUUGACUGCUUAGGGAACAGUUAGCUGCCAACAGCUGCUCUAGAUUAAGAUGUGCUCCACACUCAAAAGCAGUUCAGAUAAAGCCAUAGAGCCUGCUGGGAGCAUCCCUUGCGGUUGAAGGCACUCUGUGUGACAGGAGAAAAAAACGGAGUGAAUUGUUUCUAUAUCCAAACUCAGGUUUCUUCUGUGUCCAGUUAGGCUGACAUCUUGGCGCUGGUCUGUGCAGAGCUUUCUUUAUGACAAGUGUUAUCUAGGGUACAAGAUUAAAUAAUAAUUGCACUGUGUAGCCUGUGUAAAAAUGACCACUGUGAGAAUCAAAUUCUAAUAAAAUAAAUCACUUACUGAUUUUAAAAAGUGCAGAAAGAUUUUCAGUAAAUUUAGUUCCUGGCAAGCUACUACUAUUAUUUUUGUGAAGGUAUAUUAGUCAAUGAAUGGAUUAACCAUCCCCUUUCAAACAUGGGAUAAAAUGGUACUUCACAGCAGGGGAAGGAUUCCACCUUUCACUGCAACGUGACGUCCCUGUGGGAAGUGCUGGUCUCUCUCUGCUGCAUCUGCCUGCUCGGCGCUUCCCCGGGUCGGGGCUCUGACCUUGCCCUCUGUUCUCAGCUUUGGGACUGAGGUACCAAGUGAGCCUUCUGGGGUCACCGCUAGGCUCCAGGCAGCCUUCCCAGCUUGAGAUGAACACUUUUAAUCGUCAGAGUCAGAAGAAGCAGUAGGGAAUGGUUCCUGCUUACUAUGGAAACAUGGCAGAAUUAUGAACAGUGAAGGAAUAGAGGAUUUAAUAUUUCUAAUUCAUACUAACUUAGAAAUGGCCCUAAAGCAUGCUGCAUAAUUAAUAAUUUAUAUUUCAAUUAUAAAUGUUUAUAUUAAUGAUAGUGCAUUUGAUUAUAUCAAUAGUUACCAUUUCAUAGCAGCAGUAUUGUUUUCUGAUCGUAGCUUCCUAAAACUGUCCCAUUUAAUAGGGAUAGAUACUAUAAUUAGAGAAUCUCGAGUUCUCUGUCUCACACGAGCAGAUCAGAUCUUAGAGCUUCAUGCUGACUGAUGCCCUGCAUCCGGACAGCCGAGAAGGGUGACAGAUCAUUUCACCCUUAGUUCCAAACAGCGUCACAGUGGGGUGGCUGAGUCGUCGGGGCUCAUGCAUUCAAGUGAAGUCUGUGAGUUGAGUGUUCAGUGGUACAGACUGCAGAGCGGCAGGGCACCAUGCAUCCCCGCCCGGGUUAAUGUACACCUGUAGAGGGUGGUUUUCCCUCCUAACAUAUGAGUGUUAAUAUUUUCUCAGACAGACUGUAAUUUAAAGACCAAGGUGAACAUUGGUUUUAAGUUCACAGAAGAAUUAUUGAUGUUGAAAUUCUCAGGAAUUAAGGACUAACCAUACUUUUGUCAGUUCUAAUUAGAUUUUGUAAAAGAUAGCAAGUUUGUUACCUCCUCCAGUUGUAAGUGAAUUCACUAUGUAUAAAUAAAAUAUUAAUAAAAAUAAUUUGAAAACUUUC